AUGGAGAUGAUGAAAAAUGAAGACCAUGAUAAAAUAAUUGAAAAUACUAGUGGAGUGGUUAAUGUAAAAACAGAAGGAAGAGGGACGAACAACUUUGAAGGAGUUGUGGGCACUACCUCCGUGAGAGAAAGUGUUGGUCGAUGCAACGGGAGCUUGGACAACCAAUUGGGCCCCGAGGCACAAUUGUUCUCUUCAUUCCUAGGUAUGAUCGCUCGAUCUAGCCGUAAGAUCGGUCUUCAAUACGAGAGUUGGCAUAAAGUGCCAAAAACAUUGAAGGAUGAACUAUUAAACUUCAUCGAGGAACUCAAAAGUGGAAAGAAAAUAGGGCAUUUCGAGUUUUCCAAAGCAACCCACACUAAAAAAGAUGGUUCAUAUUUGAAUAAAGAGACAGAAGAGAUUAUGGAAAAGGCAAAUGAAAAACUAUCUGAAUAUCAAUCAAUCGAUGGGGAUGAGGGAAUGGUUGAAACAGAAAUUUUGACUCAAGUGAUUGGAAAAGAGCGACAUGGCCGAGUAAGAGGGCUUGGAUUGGGUCCUACACCAACUUCAUAUUACGGCCAUUCAGAUAGUCGUCGUCUCACAACAUGUAGUGGUCAUUCAUCUGAGUGCAUAGAAUUUCGCCAACAGAUGAAUGAAAAGUUCCAGAAGAUGGAAGAUGAGCUUGGGCAAGAACGUGCUAAUUACAACGCUCUUUAUACUUUCUUGCAACAACAAUUCCCAGGAGCGACUAUUCCCCUACCUACCAUAGGUGGAUCAUCUUCUCAAUCGCAGAAUCAGGCUUCUCCAGAACAUUGAUGCACUCUUAGGAGGUUCGAUGAUCAAGACCGAUGAAUGCUUGAUUUUUUUUUCCCACUUUUUUAAUGAGAUUUUAUAUGAAC